GUUUUAGAAAUUUCGAAUGGAGCUAUGACCACCACCUAGCUACGAUAGUGCUAUGUUUCCUGGGCGUCGGAUUCCUGCGCGAAUAUACAACCCUCGCCCCAGACAAGGUCCAGAUAGAUGGUGGACCGAAAUGUUGUGUUUCACUGGUGUUAUUUAGUCUCUUUGUAAAAAAACAAAUAUAUUUUAUCAUCCUAUCUGGAGACGUCAAAAAUCUCAUUCAUAGCCAAUGUAAGUUUGAUAUUGUGAGUCAAGUCACGUUCAUUUUAUAAUGCAAUACCUUCAUUUGUGUGAAUAUACAGGCAGGACGUCCUUUGUAGUCGAACAGCCUUUUAACAUACGUGCUGAGAUUUUGCUUGAAUCGAGUUGAGUUUAGCCGAAGGAUUCGUUAUUUAUCCAGUUUUACUAUUGCCAAAAUGUCUAAGUUUUUCCAAAAUAGUUGGGGAUUAUUAAGAAUUGUGCAAUCAAGAUGGGGAUUGGCACGAACCGUGUCAUCUAACCAGAUAUUAUUGACGAAAGGUUUACAGAGUGGGUUAGUGCUGGAAUAUACACCAUGUAAGCAAUCAGUUCGAGAACUGACCGGCCAAGUGACCGUCCAACCAGUACGGUUUAAGAAAAUGCCGACCGAUUACCCCCCGGUUACUGCAUCUGAUCACUGGAGACGAAAGAUACGAACAAUAUUUAAUUGCUUCGAUUCGAACGACGACGGCAUCAUUACAAAGGAAGACUUCGAGACAAGCGCCAGGCGCACCAUAGAGCUUCUGAAACUCAAUGACGAACAAGCAGCAAAUAUACUUAAACAGCGCCUUGACGGAUGGGAGUUUAUGUCCAGAGGUUCCAAAGAUGCUUCUCAAAUAACAGAGGAGGAAUGUGUGGGAUUUGUUCUUUCAGUCGUCAAUCAUAGUACCUACCGGAAAGAGUUCUUCCCAAUGGUGGUAUCCGUGGGUUUCAAGGUCAUGGACCUUGAUGGUGAUGGUCUUGUAACAAAGGAAGAACACGCUGCUUACUUUUACAGCAUGAACGUCUCUGUUGAAGAAUCGAAGAAGAUAUUUGACGUGAUGGACGCCAACAAAUAUGGUUUCAUAUCCAUUGAUGAGUACGCGCAUGCGUAUGCGGAGUUUGUUUUCACCGAGGAUCCAAAUAACAAAUACAAUGGGUUUUACGGUCCGUUAGUUGAUUGAAGAGCGCACUUUAAAGUUGAUGAAGGUGACAUACAGUUGUAAUACAUGUGUAAUAUAAAAGAUAUACAAUCUAGCGCAUUAUUUCCCGCCGUUUGUUGAAAGACGCAACAUAACUUUUUGGUGAUAAUUUUAGUUCAAUUCUUUUACAAACAUAAAUUUGAACUAAAGCACCACCUGUAAUGGAUUUAUUUUCAUUGUAUACGUGAUUUUUCCACAUAUGAAACUAAUGAACUCCAAACCCAGAUUAUAGAAAUACAAGUUUGUUAUAAUAUAAUAUAAUAUAAUAUAAUAUAAUAUAAUAUAAUAUAAUAUAUGCACUUAGUAUAAAGACAUGAUAAAGCAGGAUUA